UCACAGAAUUCGGCGACUGACACGCUUGCUAACGGAUAAAUGGGCAACGCAUCAUGUGCAACACACGGCCGUAGAAGCUGGCGGCAGCACAGACAAUGCCGCGCUGAAUAUUAGCGGCAGCAAAAGUGACACAUAUGGCGGUGUUGGCACACCAGCUGGCAGCAGCAGCGGUGGAGGCGGCGGCGUGAUGGCCAAAAUCAACGCGCGUCACUGGCUGCAUCCGACAUCCAGCCACUCGACCGGGCCUUCACCUUCGGUGACGCCGCCCAGCGCCACACCGCUGGCGACCACGCCCAUAAUGCCACUAGCCGCCAGCUCGACAGGACUCUUCAGUACCACCACCACCUCGGCGACAACACCCACGCUCUCGACCGCCUCGUCGGCCUCAUCAUCCUCGGCGUCGGCCACCGCUACAACACUGUCGUCGGCUACGCACUUGCAACAACAAUUGCAGCAGCAACAACAACAGCUGUUGGCCAGCGAGGAGCUGCGUCGCAACACUUUCUAUCGCACGGUGUGCGCGAGCUUUCAGAGCGCCAUAUUGCUGCUGGACAUGGACACGGGCGAAAUCAGUGACUACAAUGAAAGUCACAGAAUUCGGCGACUGACACGCUUGCUAACGGAUAAAUGGGCAACGCAUCAUGUGCAACACACGGCCGUAGAAGCUGGCGCAGCACGACAUGCCGCGCUGAAUAUAGCGGCAGCAAAAGUGACCACAUUGCGGUGCUUGCACACCAGCUGGCAGCAGCGCGGUGGAGGCGGCGCUGAUGGCCAAAUCAAGCGCGCCACUGGCUGCAUCCGACAUCCAGCCACUCGACCGGCCUCACCCUCAGUGACGCCGCCCAGCGCCACACCGCUGGCGACCACGCCCAUAAUGCCACUAGCCGCUAGCGCUACAGGUCUCUUCAGUACCACCACCACCUCGGCGACAACACCCACGCCCUCGAUCGCAUCGUCGGCCUCAUCAUCCUCGGCAUCGGCCACCGCUACAACACUGUCGUCGGCUACGCACUUGCAACAACAAUUGCAGCAGCAACAACAACAGCUGUUGGCCAGCGAGGAGCUGCGUCGCAACACUUUCUAUCGCACGGUGUGCGCGAGCCUUCAGAGCGCCAUAUUGCUGCUGGACAUGGACACGGGCGAAAUCAGUGACUACAAUGAAAGGUCAGAGCAGCUGGCGUAA